UACGUCUGGCCAGCUCGAAGUGCCACGACUUCACAGCAGACCACGGAUUCUCCAGCGGAGUGAGGGGGAGGGAGACCAGUGGAAAAAAGAGGCAACUUUAGCUGAAUAGCUGGACAGAAUAGGUGUAGCUUUGUGCAGAAGUCACUUCAUCCGCCGCGCGAAGCUUUACACUAGCCCUCUCUUCAUUCCCUGUGCGGCAAACAGACGCAGCUACAUCACCGGCGAGGAUAACUAGAAAACUUGUACAAUGGAUAUCUAUGACCCCCAGACCCUUGGUAUAAUGGUAUUUGGUGGAUUCAUGGUAAUCUCGGCUGUCGGGAUUGCUCUUGUCUCCUCCUUCUCCAUGAAAGAGACCUCUUAUGAGGAGGCCCUGGCAAAGCAACGGAGAGAGUUAGGUAAGAUACAAUCUGGCCGCAAUGACAAAAAGAAGAAGGACAAAAUAUCUGAGAAGAAAAGCCGUGGAAAGAAGAAAGAUGACAAACCCAAUGGAAAAAUCCCAGAGCAGGAAAAAACUGAAGAGGCCUCUGACACUGAUGCGGUCAUUGAACCUGUCUCUGCCCCAGUUGUUGCUGCUGCCCCUGCCCCUGCUCCUGCCCCUACCCCUGCCCCUGCUGUUGAGGUCAAGCCAGUUGCAGCCCUUCAGCCAGCAGAUAACCAGGACAAGAUUGCUGCCAAACCAAGCCCCGCUGCUGAGCCCUCACCUGCACCGUCCCCAAAAGAUAAAAAGAAGAAAAAAGUGGCAAAGGUUGAACCAGGUUCAUCCCAGCCAGCUGUAAUUAUGUCUGCCCCAGCAUUAGUUAAGUCCUCUGCUGUCUCUUCAUCAACCCAAGCCCCCGUUUCUGUCCCAGCAAAAGGAAAUGCCCCAGCCAAAGCUGUUCCUGCAUCAUCUAAGUCUGCUCCAACGGUUAAAUCAGCCCCUGCACCCGUAAAGGCUGCAGCAGCCCCAACUAAAUCUGCUCCUCCAGCUAAAUCUACCCCUGCUGCUCCUGCAUCAACCAAAUCUGCUGCUGCUCCUGCAUCAUCCAAGUCUGCUGCUGCUCCUGCAUCAACCAAAUCUGCUGCUGCUCCUGCAUCAACCAAAUCUGCCGCUGCUGCUCCUGCAUCAACCAAAUCUGCCGCUGCUGCUCCUGCAUCAACCAAAUCUGCCGCUGCUGCUCCUCCCGCAUCAGCCAAAUCUGCCGCUGCUGCUCCUCCCGCAUCAGCCAAGCAAGCCUCUGCCGCAGCCAAAUCUGCCCCUACAUCAGCAAAGGCUGUAACAGCCCCAGCCAAGUCCUCAUCGGCUCCAUGCAAGACAGUUCUGGAGACUGUCACCAAAGAUGUCCCGGUGAUGGCAGUGCCUCCAGUGGGGUCCCAGAAAGCCCCUGUUGUUACUGCAAAAGCUCAGGAACCCAAGAAGAAGUCCUCUAAGAAGAAGAGUGAGCCUGUGACAGCAGUGGAUUCGGCUGACCCUCCACUGUACCUGCCCUACAAGGCCCUGGUUUCCACUAUCAGUAGCAUGGUGUUCAGUGAGCGGGAGGCGCAUCGGCUCAUCGAGAUCCUGUCUGAGAAAGCUGGCAUCGUUCAGGACACCUGGCACACGGCCACUCAGAAAGGAGACCCAGUUGCAGUCCUGAAAAAACAGCUGGAGGAGAGGGAGAAGCAACUGGCAGCGGAACAAGAGGACGCUUCAGCAGCAAAGAACCGCCUGAGAGAACUCACCAAGGACCUGUCUGCUGAAAAGUCCAAGGUGACCAGUGUCGAGACCAGGCUGAGUUCCCAGCUGAGUAAGAGGGAGCAGGAGAUGAUAGCACUUAAAGCUCGCAUGCAAGCCAGUUAUCAGGACCAUGUUGGCCAGACACAGAGGCUCAAUGCAAAGGUCCUUAGUCUGCAGGACCAGUUGGAAAAAGGCCCAAAUGCCCAGCUUGUCCGACUACAGCAGGAGAACUCCAUUCUCCGCGAUGCCCUCAACCAAGCCACUAGUCAGGCUGAGAGCAAACAAAAUGCAGAUUUGGCCAAGCUGCGUCAGGAAUGUGCAAAGUUAACUAAGGAAGUUGAAGAGAAGACAGAAAGUCUGCUCGCUGCUGAGCACAUCAGGAAAGGACUGGAGACCAAGGUCUUCACAGCCGAGAAGCAACUGUCCCUGCUGCAGGCCAGCCACGCAGAGAGUGAGCAGGCGUCACAGAGGAGGUUGGAGGAGGUGAGCGAAGAGCUGAGAACAACACAAAGUAGAAAUAGCAGCCUGCAGGUCACCUUGGACAAGGCCCACCAGGACAGCAGCACACUUUCAGAAAUUCAAGUGCGUGCUGAGAAUUUGGAGGCUGACAUCAAGGAGCGUUCUGCUCAGGUAGAUGCCCUCACUGCCCAGGUGGAGGAAGCAAAGGCAGAGAAAGGCCAGCUUAUACAGCAGUUAGCCUCCAUCACCUCACUUUUGGAGGCCAGUCAAAACAAAUCCCUAGAGGAGGCCAAUCAGGUAAAUCCUGCAGAACUGGAACAGCUAAAGCUCAGCCUUCAGGAGAGAGAGAGCCAGCUGAGCACACUUCACGAGGAACUGAAGCAACUGCAGAUAAAACAGGAAGCUGCCGAGAACACUAUAGCUGAACUGGAGCAAAGAAACAAGAGUGAGGAUGCCAGUCUUAUCACAUCACUUCAAGAGGAACUUACCAACCUCAAAGAAGAGAUGGUACAAUUAAAGAACACCCGGCAGUCGGAUGACUCUGCAGAACUCGCUCGGCUACAGAACAGUCUGACAGAGAAGGAUGUCCUUGUCUCAUCACUUCAAGAGCAGCUGAGCGAGAACACUACAGCACAGCUGACAGCUUUUCAAACUGAAACCAAAGAAAGUCUCCGGACACUCUUUCCACAGAUACCCUUAGAGACAGAGCUGUCCAACUGGUUACAAGUAUUUACACAAAAAGCCCAGGAGGCUCUCACCGUGCAAAGCCAGGAGUCUCAGUCCAGCCCAGCUUUGCCUGAAUUGCUUGAGAAGCUGAAGGAGGCUGAAGCGAGUUAUGGGUCCCUGCAGGCUGAGUGUGAACAGUAUCGGACAGUCCUGGCUGAGACGGAAGGAAUGCUGAAAGAUCUGCAGAAGAGUGUGGAAGAGGAAGAGCUGGUAUGGAAGUCCAAGAUGGCUACCUCAGAGGAACAGCUGAGUGUGGCUUUGGAGAAAAUAAGCAAGCUGGAGGCAGAAAACCAAAGUGUAGAAAAGUUGAAGGAGCAGAUGAUGCUUCUGGAAGCUCAGCUGGAGAAGCAGGUGGAAAGCUAUGGAACAUUAGAGGAGAUAAAUCAGCUUCAGCUGCGGCUGUCAGAGUGUCAGAGCCAGUUGGAUUUGGCCCAGAAGGAAUCCCAGGCACAGCAGGAGGAGCUUGCACAGGUCAGAGAGCAACUGGGCAAGAUCACGAUGUUGGCUCAGCACGAACAGAAUGGCCCAACUGAGGCUCAACCCAGUCAGGUCCUUGGUGAGUUGACUCAGACAACUGAGAAGCUGCACGGGGAGACGGCACAGAGACAGCAGCUGUCGGAGGAGUUGGAGCAGGCCCAGAAAACUAUCACAGAGUUUCAGGCUCAGCUGGAUCUUUUGAGAGUUUCGGCUGAGUCACCACAAACUGACACGGAAGACAUUGCUCAGCUCAAGGAGCGCCUGGAGAAGGAGAAGAAGCUGUCCAAAGACUUGGGCCAAGCAGCCACUAAGCUCCAGCAGCUUCUCAAAGCCACACAGGAGCAGCUGACCAAAGAGAGGGAGUCUGUGAGAACACUACAGGAGCACCUGGAAGGCAAGGAAGAUUAUGUAGAGCUGAAGGAAGGAACGUCUGUCUGACAGAAGUUUAUCGCGGACACGACACAAAUACGCCAAAUAUGCCUUAUACUUAACAUAGUUAUGCAUUCCAAAGCAAUUUCUUUCUUUUACUGUAGCCGAUUGCAUUUGUUGCAACUGUAGGUAUAAUGUUUGAUAAUAUGAGCAUUUCAAUUGUAAGACUGUAGAAGGGAAUCGCGCUGCAGUCUUUACUGAAACACAUUCCACCAACAAUUCUGGCUAUGUCAGAAGUUAUUUAUCCCCCUGCCUUAUAUUCCAAACAUUUCCCCAUAGUUCAGUGUUAAAAGGGAAACCGAUUGUGCGUCAAACGUGCAUCAACCUGUGCAAUUACUUUGUAUGUCUUUUCUAUGUGGUUGAGUGAUGGGAACAUUUUUUUUAAUGGUUUAACGACGCAGUACCAUCAGGGCCUGCUCUCCUCUGUAGCUGGUUUGCUAAUAUCACAUUGAAUUUGAAUUGGUGUGAAUGAUAAUAAACUACAGUGUCACGCUGUCA